CGUUGAAACAUAGUAGUGAAAUACAGUGAAAAAUGGCCGAUACAGCUACUGAAGUCGUUACCGCAGCAUCGGUUGCCGCAUCUCCAGCCAAGACACCGAAAAAGGCUCGUGCUCCUAAAGGAGAGGGUAAGAAACCGAAAAAGCCAGCCACUCAUCCACCAGUGAAUGAAAUGGUUUUAGCCGCCAUCAAGACUUUGAAGGAACGUAAUGGAUCAUCUCUUCAGGCCAUCAAGAAGUAUAUCGGUGCCAAUUACAAGUGCGACGUUGCUAAGCUCUCAACUUUCAUCAAGAAAUCUCUGAAGAGUGGUGUUGAGAAAGGUAGUCUUGUGCAAACCAAAGGAAGUGGAGCAUCGGGGUCCUUUAAAAUUAAAUCUAAGGACAAGACACCUGCGGGCGAGAAGAAACCAAAGAAAACUGCGGCUGGGAAGAAGCCUUCAGGGGAAAAGAAAGUUGCCAAAAAGGCAGCCACUCCCAAAACUGCUGCCGUCAAAAAGCCUAAGGCAGCACCAGCAAAGAAAGCGGUUGAGAAGAAGACUAAAGCAGCCGUCGCCAAAGUUGCCAAAAAGGCUGGAACCGUGAAAAAAGCGGCCGCUCCCAAACAGAAAGCAACCAAACCAUCGAAAACAGCGGCGAAGAAGCCUAAAACUCCAAAACCGAAAAAGGCUGCACCGGCUAAGAAACCCGCUCCAAAGAAAGCCGCCGCCAAGAAGUAAAGUUCAGUCGAUUGAAAUGAUUUAAAAACAAACAGUCCUUCUCAGGACUACAAACACAUUGAAUCGAAAGAGUAACAAAAGUUUUUCACCUCAAAUAAUAAUUCAAAUGAUUUUUUAUAACAGUUAAUAUACAUUUUCACACAUCUGCAUCAUGUGUCCAACAUUGUACACUAUUAAGAAUGUUCAUAUUCUAACGAAACGAGAUAUGAUGGCCAACUGAUGAUAUCGAAAAGCAUCAAUUGUGUAACAAACUUUACGUCGAGCCUGCAUUAGGUUGCGACCACAUGAGGUUUUGGUCUAAAAUCAUUCAUAGCCAUCGCGAUCGUUUUGAGAUUACAUGUACCCAAGUAUAGUUUACAAUGAUCCCUCAUUCGACUCAUAAUU